AUGGACAAAUCUACGGAAAAGCCGCCAGCGACGGCAACCUACAGUGAUGUUGGCACAGCCGAGCUGCAAUCCGAUCACUCCCCAAGGGCAUGGCUAUCCAAAAUCGCAUAUUGGGGUGUUGAGCUACGAGGCAUUGCUCAAGUGCCUCUGGAAGAGCGAGUUGACAAACGAUACAUUAAUGUCUUCUUCGUGUGGUUCACUAUGAGUACAAAUCUCCUUCCAAUCGUGACGGGAAUGGUGGGAACGCUCUCAUAUGGUCUCAGUCUUCGAGAUUCAUCCCUUGUCAUACUAUUCUUCAGUCUACUAUGCACAAUCCCACCCGCCUUUUUAGGCACAUUCGGUGCCAAAACUGGACUUCGGCAAAUGCUGCAGGCCCGAUUCACUUUCGGGUACUAUCUUGUUUCUAUAAUUGUCGUGCUGAACCUCUGCACCAUCGCCGGCUUUGGAAUAAUUGACUGUGUACUCGGGGGCCUGACUUUAGCUGCAGUCUCAGGUGGUAGCAUCAAUGCGACCGCAGGAAUUGUAAUUAUAGCCCUGUGUGGAAUGAUAAUAUCUUUUGGCGGAUACAGAUUUUUGCAUCAGUUCGAGCGGUAUUCGUGGAUCUUUGCCCUGCUCGCGAUCGUGAUUGCGACUGGAGUCGGCGGCCAUCAUCUUUCGACAGAAACCACGACGGAGCCGCCGGCAGUUGCGACGAUCAUCUCAUUCGGGGGUGUUAUUGCUGGGUUCCUCAUUCCUUGGGCGGCAAUGGCAUCUGAUUUCGCAGUGUAUUGUGACCCGAGUGUAUCUUCAUACCGAAUCUUUGCAUACAUCUAUGCCGGGCUUCUUGUUCCUUCAGUGCCGUUGAUGGUUCUCGGUGCAGCAAUCGGUGCAGUUGUGCCAAGUAUUUCAUCUUGGUCGGCCGGGAACGCGGACUACAGCGCCGGGGGGGUUUUAGAGGCAAUGCUUCAUCCCGCUGGGGGAUUUGGCAAAUUUGUAUCUGUUCUACUCGCAUUCUCCCUCUUAGGGAAUCUAGCAGCCGCGAUGUAUUCCAUCUCGUUGAACUUUCAGCUUGUCAUUCCCAUUAUGGCACGCGUUCCGCGAUUAUUAUUUACCAUCGUCUAUACGGCGGUCGCGAUCCCGGUUUCUAUCUAUGCAGCCAACUCCUUCUUUGAUAGCCUGGAGAAUUUCCUCUAUGUCAUUGCAUAUUGGUCUGCGGCCUUUGUUGGCGUUGUCGCGACUGAGCAUUUUGUCUUCCGCAACGCUGACUGCAACUUAUACACGGCAGAGGACUGCGAUAAAUCAAGCAAGCUUCCGACUGGAGUAGCUGCAAUAGCGGCUAUUGCGCUUUCCUUUGGCUUGAUUGUCCCGUGUAUGAGCCAGAUCUGGUAUACAGGACCCCUCGCUGAGAAGACAGGGGAUCUUGGGUUCGAAAUUGCUCUUGUGUUGUCACCUCUGCUGUACUUGCCACUUCGAUUUAUUGAAGUGAGAUUUAGAAAUUAG